AUGAGGAUAAAGAGAAUGACAUCUAAUGGGAAAUGGAAUAUGUCGGAUGUUGAUAUAGCUCACAUGAAUAGCUUAAGGGAGGUAGGAAUUAGCAUUCCAAAGAUAUAUCAGUCAUUUGCGAUGCAGGUUGGAGGGUUCAACUUAGUCAAGUUUACAAAUCAAGACAUGCACAAUGAGGUUCGCAAGCAACGUGCACUGCAGGAAGGGGAUGUUAAUGCUGUGCUUCAAGAAGAUUACCAGGUUUUUGGAGAUGUGCUUGCUAUUGAUGCGACCUAUGACAGGAAUAAGUAUAACCUUCCGGUGAUUGUGCUGUCUGGGGUUAUUCACUAUAACCAGACAUGUGUUUUUGCAACUGCCAUGGUCUCUCAAGUGGAUGAGUUUAAAUCGCAAUGGGAGGCUAUGAUAGAGGAGUACGGGGUACAGGAUGUGGAGUGGGCCAGUGACUUGUACAGGAAGAAGCAUAGCUUGGCUACUACCUACCUCAGAGGGAGAUUUUUUGUCGGGAUUAGGACAACUUCUCGGUGUGAGUCGUUACAUACGAAGAUGGGGAGGUUUGUGGACAGCCAGUACGGGAUAAUAGACUUUAUCACAAAUUUUAAAAGAUGCAUCGAUUUUGUCCAAGACAAAGAAGAGGAGUGA